UUGCUGGCAGCCCUCUGUCGUCAGUUACAUACUAUCUACCAGUCUGUGGAACUGCCCGAGACACACCAGAUGCUGCGUCACACAUGCCGGGACUUUGCCCAGAAGGAGCUGGUUCCCAUCGCAGCCCAGGUGGACAAGGAACACCGCUUCCCAGGGGCUCAGGUGAAGAAGAUGGGCGAGCUUGGGCUUCUGGCCAUGGAUGUGCCAGAGGAGUUGAAUGGUGCUGGCCUCGAUUACCUGGCCUAUGCCAUCGCGAUGGAGGAGAUCAGCCGGGGCUGUGCCUCCACCGGAGUCAUCAUGAGUGUCAACAAUUCCCUCUACUUGGGGCCCAUCCUGAAGUUUGGCUCCAAGGAGCAGAAGCAGCAGUGGAUCAAGCCUUUCACCAAGGGUGACAAAAUCGGCUGCUUUGCCCUCAGUGAACCAGGGAAUGGCAGCGACGCGGGAGCCGCCUCCACCACUGCCCGGGCAGAGGGUGACUCAUGGGUCCUGAAUGGCACCAAAGCCUGGAUCACCAAUUGCUGGGAGGCCUCAGCCACCGUGGUCUUUGCCAGCACCGACAGAUCCUUGCAAAACAAGGGCAUCAGUGCCUUCCUGGUUCCCAUGCCAACGCCCGGGCUCACGUUGGGGAAGAAGGAAGACAAGCUGGGCAUCCGGGCCUCCUCCACGGCCAACCUCAUCUUUGAGGACUGUCGCAUCCCCAAGGACAACCUGCUGGGGGAGCCAGGGAUGGGCUUCAAGAUAGCCAUGCAAACCCUGGACAUGGGCCGUAUUGGCAUCGCCUCCCAGGCUCUGGGCAUCGCCCAGGCUGCCCUUGACUGUGCUGUGAACUACGCCGAGAAUCGCAGGGCCUUUGGGGGGCCCCUCACCAAGCUCCAGGGCAUCCAGUUCAAGCUGGCGGACAUGGCCCUGGCCCUGGAGAGUGCCCGGCUGCUGACCUGGCGCGCUGCCAUGCUGAAGGAUAAUAAGAAGCCGUUCACCAAGGAGGCAGCGAUGGCCAAGUUGGCUGCAUCGGAGGCCGCAACUGCCAUCAGCCACCAGGCCAUUCAGAUCCUGGGUGGCAUGGGCUACGUGACAGAGAUGCCGGCCGAGCGGCACUACCGUGAUGCCCGCAUCACCGAGAUUUAUGAAGGCACCAGUGAGAUCCAGAGGCUGGUCAUCGCCGGGCACCUGCUCAAGAGCUACCGGAGCUGAACUCCCGCGCAGGGCUGACCGCUGCCCUACCCGGAGCCAGGCUGGCCUGAGGACCUUGGGAAAGGGAGGGGAGCCACGUGGCCAUGACUCUGACUCCCAAAGACCGUGGGACAGGCAGAGGCCAAGCCUCCUCUUGCCAGGGCCACCCCGGCCCCGGCCCUUCCAGUAUAAACUGGUUGGAAGUGGUUUUCCUGCCGCCUUCACCUCUGCCUACACCAGACCAAAAUGCCUGGCGCAAGUCUCAGAGAAGGGAAAAGUGAGGGGGCUGUGACCUGUGUCUGAGGACACCCAUCUUCAGCCCAGUUCCUUGCCUUUGCUCCCCCUUCACGGCCGUGCCUUAUUUUCUUCAUCCGAGGGGACGUGGCCUCCUGACGGCAGGGCCAUGGGAAGGGCUAGGUUACCACUGUGAGGCUCCCUGUUCUGUUUCUGUGGGUCCUGGUGCUCAGCAGAAGACCAGGUGCAACUAGGUUUGGGCAGUGUCUGCUCUUUGCACACACCCCCCCACCCCACCAGGUGAGGGGUCAGGAGGAGGAGCCGGUUGGGGCCGGAUUGAUCAGGCCUCAGAGUAGCGGCACUUGUGCUCUCUCAGCCCCCAGGGCUGUCUUGGGAAGGCUGUGGGGCUGGGUCAUUAUUAGGAGCACCAUUAACCUGUUCUUUGUCAAGUACAAAUGAGUACAGGUGGGUGGUCUGAUUUGCGCUUUGGGACAGUCAAAUGCAGGCACUGACUGGAAGUAAUAAAGCCUACUGUCCCCCA